AUGGCAGCAAGUCGUCUCGGUAGGCGUUUAUUUGUGUCUGUGCUGAGGAGACAGGCUCAGAACCGGGGACCGCUCAGCCCGGUGUCCUCUGCGGGGGGUUGCCAUGGAAACGGCGGUUUGGACAGGACAGUUCCGAGGUGGGACAACAGAGGAGAGGACGGCCGCGGGUCUGUGCUCCGGUCGGUGUCCUUCGGCCUGGGAGUCUGUGCCGCGGCGAUCUUACUGGCUCAAAAAGACGAACGAGUAAGGGACCCCGGACCCCGUGUGUCCGGAGUGUUCGGCGGACUCUUCCUGCUUCCUGCCCGGUGUGCAUCUCCCUUCAAACCCGACAGCCCGCGCUUUAAAUACAACUUUAUUGCAGACGUGGUGGAAAAAUCCACUCCAGCCGUAGUUUACAUCGAAAUCUUGGGCAGGAACCCGUUCACAGGAAGAGAAGUACCCAUGUCCAAUGGCUCGGGUUUCAUUGUUAGCAGUGAUGGUCUCAUCAUCACCAAUGCCCAUGUUGUGGCCAACAAGAAAGGCGUCCGUGUCAAGCUUACCAAUGGAGAGACGUAUCAAGCCACUGUGCAACAUGUUGAUCCAGUGGCUGAUAUUGCCACCAUCAAAAUCACUGUGAAGCAUCCUUUGCCCACACUCAGCCUUGGUCGUUCAGCUGACGUUCGACAGGGGGAAUUUGUGGUCGCCAUGGGAAGCCCUUUUGCUCUGCGGAACACGAUCACCUCAGGAAUUGUCAGCUCAGUCCAGAGAGGAAGCAAGGAGCUGGGUCUGUCGACUUCUAACAUGGACUACAUUCAGACAGACGCAACCAUUGAUUUUGGGAAUUCUGGAGGCCCACUGAUUAACUUGGAUGGUGAAGUCAUCGGUAUAAACACCAUGAAGGUCACUACAGGGAUCUCCUUUGCCAUUCCAUCCGAUCAUGUGAGGCUCUUCCUUGAUCAAGCAGCAAAAACAAAAAGUUCCUUCUUUGGUGGCUCAGAGACUAAGCGGCGGUACAUUGGUGUAAUGAUGUUGACACUCACAAAGAGCAUCAUCACUGAGUUGAAGUUGAGAGACCCCACCUUCCCUGAUGUAACAUAUGGCAUCCUAAUUCACAGGGUCAUCAUCGGUUCACCGGCAGACAGAGCUGGGAUGCUGCCAGGAGACAUUGUCCAGAAGAUCAACGGUGUCGGUGUGAACACAGCCGAUGAGCUCUACCAAGCCGUCCGCAGCAGUGACAAGCUCUCCAUGACCGUGCAGCGCGGACGCAAAUUAAUUGAGCUAGAAAUGACUCCAGAGUUAACAGAGUGA